CCCUGACCGGCGCGGGCUGAGACGCCUGGCUUCCGGCGCGAAGGUGAGACUUCCCAGGCUCCGGCGCUGAGUGAUGAUGUAAUCUCCGGUCGCCGUGCUGAGUCGGAAGUGGGAACCCUUCGGCCGCUGAGACUCUGUCGUGUCGCUGCUGGCCCUUCAGGCUCUGCCCCUCCCCCUAGGUCUGGAUGGAGGAUAACUUAAAGUGAAAUGACAGACCAGGAGAAUAACAACAACAUCUCAAGUAACCCCUUUGCUGCUCUUUUUGGCUCCCUGGCUGAUGCCAAGCAGUUUGCAGCAAUCCAAAAAGAGCAGCUGAAGCAGCAAUCUGAUGAACUCCCAGCUAGCCCAGAUGACUCGGAUAAUAGUGUGUCAGAGAGCCUGGAUGAAUUUGAUUACUCUGUGGCCGAGAUUAGUCGCUCAUUCCGAUCACAACAGGAAAUAUGUGAGCAACUCAACAUCAAUCACAUGAUCCAAAGAAUCUUCCUCAUUACUCUGGACAACAGUGAUCCAAGCUUGAAAAGUGGGAAUGGUAUCCCCAGCCGUUGUGUGUAUUUGGAAGAAAUGGCAGUAGAACUGGAAGAUCAAGAUUGGCUUGAUAUGAGCAAUGUUGAGCAGGCCAUCUUUGCUCGCCUGUUACUUCAAGAUCCAGGGAACCACUUGAUUAACAUGACUUCUUCCACAACGUUAAAUCUCUCUGCUGAUCGCGAUGCAGGGGAGAGGCACAUAUUUUGUUACCUGUAUUCUUGCUUCCAAAGAGCCAAGGAGGAGAUUACCAAAGUCCCAGAGAACUUGCUACCUUUUGCAGUGCAGUGCAGGAACCUCACUGUGUCUAAUACUCGGACAAUUCUCCUUACCCCAGAGAUCUAUGUUGACCAAAACAUCCAUGAGCAGCUGGUAGAGUUGAUGUUGGAAGCCAUCCAAGGAGCCCAUUUUGAAGAUGUAACUGAGUUUCUAGAGGAGGUCAUUCAAGCCUUGAUACUGGAUGAAGAAGUUCGAACAUUUCCAGAGGUCAUGAUUCCAGUGUUUGAUAUUUUAUUGGGUCGAAUCAAAGAUCUGGAGCUCUGCCAGAUCCUAUUGUAUGCAUACCUGGAUAUUCUUCUCUAUUUCACCAGGCAAAAGGACAUGGCAAAGGUUUUUGUAGAAUACAUUCAGCCCAAGGACCCUAGCAAUGGGCAGAUGUACCAGAAGACCUUGCUAGGAGUAAUUCUGAAUAUUUCCUGCUUAUUAAAGACUCCAGGUGUGGUAGAAAAUCAUGGCUACUUCCUGAAUCCAUCCCGGUCCAGUCCUCAGGAGAUCAAAGUCCAGGAGGCCAACAUCCAUCAGUUCAUGGCUCAGUUCCAUGAAAAGAUCUACCAGAUGCUGAAGAACUUACUCCAGCUCUCUCCAGAAACCAAACACUGUAUCUUGUCCUGGCUCGGAAACUGUUUGCAUGCAAAUGCAGGCCGCACCAAGAUUUGGGCCAAUCAGAUGCCAGAGAUCUUCCUCCAAAUGCAUGCCUCGGAUGCCUUCUUUCUGAACCUGGGCGCUGCCCUCCUGAAGCUGUGCCAGCCUUUCUGCAGACCCAGAUCCUCUCGGCUCCUCACCUUCAACCCCACUUACUGUGCCCUCAAGGAGUUGAAUGACGAAGAACGAAGAAUUAAAAAUGUACACAUGAGAGGUUUGGACAAAGAAACCUGUUUGAUCCCAGCUGUGCAGGAACCAAAGUUUCCCCAGAACUACAACCUUGUGACAGAGAACCUUGCCCUGACAGAAUACACCUUGUACUUGGGAUUUCACAGGUUGCAUGAUCAGAUGGUCAAAAUCAACCAAAACCUGCAUCGGCUACAGGUCGCCUGGCGGGAUGCCCAGCAAAGCUCUAGCCCUGCUGCUGACAGUCUCCGUGAUCAGUUUGAGCGGCUGAUGACCAUCUAUCUUUCUACCAAGACGGCGAUGACUGAGCCACAGAUGCUGCAAAAUUGCCUCAAUUUACAGGUGUCCAUGGCUGUUUUGUUGGUUCAGCUGGCCAUAGGCAACGAGGGCUCACAGCCUGUAGAGCUGACUUUUCCUUUGCCAGAUGGCUACAACUCUUUGGCUUAUGUGCCAGAAUUCUUUGCAGAUAACCUUGGUGAUUUCCUCAUUUUCCUCCGCCGCUUUGCUGAUGACAUCUUGGAGACAUCAGCGGAUUCCCUGGAGCAUGUCCUUCACUUUAUCACCGUUUUCACUGGAAGCAUAGAAAGAAUGAAGAAUCCCCAUCUAAGGGCCAAACUAGCUGAGGUGUUGGAAGCAGUGAUGCCCCAUCUGGACCAGACCCCAAACCCCCUGGUAUCCAGCGUGUUCCAUCGGAAACGUGUGUUCUGCAACUUUGCACAUGCACCCCAACUUGCAGAAGCGCUGAUCAAGGUUUUUGUGGACAUUGAGUUCACAGGAGACCCUCAUCAGUUUGAACAGAAGUUUAAUUAUCGCCGUCCCAUGUAUCCCAUCCUAAGAUACAUGUGGGGGACAGAUAACUAUCGGGAGAGCAUUAAGGAUUUGGCUGACUAUGCCUCUAAGAAUUUAGAAGCCAUGAAUCCCCCACUUUUCCUUCGCUUUCUUAACCUACUAAUGAACGAUGCCAUCUUCCUUUUGGAUGAAGCCAUACAGUAUUUAAGCAAGAUAAAGAUUCAGCAGAUCGAGAAGGACCGAGGUGAAUGGGAUGGCCUGGCUCCAGAGGCCCGCCGAGAGAAGGAGGCUGGCCUGCAGAUGUUUGGGCAGCUGGCACGUUUCCAUAACAUCAUGUCCAAUGAAACAAUCGGUACCCUGGCCUUCCUGACAUCAGAGAUCAAAUCACUUUUUGUGCAUCCCUUCCUGGCUGAGCGCAUCAUCUCCAUGCUGAACUACUUCCUGCAGCACCUGGUCGGCCCCAAGAUGGGUGCCUUAAAAGUCAAGGACUUCAGUGAAUUUGACUUCAAACCCCAGCAGCUCGUAUCAGACAUCUGCACCAUCUACUUAAAUCUCGGGGAUGAGGAGAAUUUCUGUGCCACCGUGCCCAAGGAUGGACGAUCCUAUUCCCCAACUCUCUUUGCACAAACAGUCCGAGUCCUGAAGAAAAUAAAUAAACCAGGGAAUAUGAUUGUGGCUUUUAGCAACUUGGCAGAGAGAAUCAAGUCACUUGCAGACCUGCAGCAGCAGGAAGAGGAGACCUACGCUGACGCCUGUGACGAGUUCCUGGACCCCAUCAUGAGCACACUGAUGUCGGACCCUGUGGUGCUGCCGUCCUCCAGAGUCACCGUGGACCGGUCCACCAUCGCCAGACAUUUACUGAGUGACCAAACAGAUCCCUUUAACCGCAGUCCCCUCACCAUGGACCAGAUCCGGCCAAAUACAGAACUAAAGGAAAAAAUUCAACGGUGGCUCGCAGAAAGGAAGCAGCAACAAAAGGAGCAGCUUGAAUAAAUACUGUGAACUAAACAAGCCAGAACCAACCCUGGAGUGCAGAUAAACAAUUGUUUGUGGUUUCUCUUUCUAGUUCUGUUCCUUUCCUUUUUCUUCUGUUUUUUUUUUUUUUUUUUUUUUUUUUUUUUUUUUUUUUUAAACUAAAUUAGAGAACUGCUGUUGCUCAAAUUAUAAUUAAGAUUCCUAAGAACUUGACAAUGCUCCCCUGGCUUGCAAGAAAUUAUAAUUCUUAUAGCAUCACCACAUUUAGAAGUAAUCACUAAUUUUCACCUUCCAGUUCUCUUCCUAUUCUUCCUUUUUCCUUCCCUUGCUUUAAAUUAUGUUCACUUUAACUACUUAAAAUGUCUGCCACCUUACUAUUUCUCUUCCAAGUGUUGCUCAAAUGUUUUUGGUGGGCACUGCUUUUCCAUCUAGGAAGUCCCAUAUUUCAGUGACAGCUGAUGUUUUCAGAAACCCUUCAGUUAUCCUGUGUGUUUACUAGUUCUCUAGAUCUAGACUUAAGCCCUUUUCCUAGGUACAGAAUAACUUUUCACAUAAAAGCAGAUACCUUGAUGUUUGUGUAGGCUUUUUGAAUAAGAUGGAUAGGUGAGAUUUUAAAGGAACAAAAGAGGAAUCUUACAUAACUUUUGUUGGUAGCUCCCAGUUUUGUCAUCUUGUAACACAAUGGGAUCGUCAUCAUGGAAAAUUGAGCCUACAGUCUUUUUGGUGAAGCUUUAUAGGGCAAAUUUGCAGUUUUGACACUUCAUUCAGAAAAAUUCUGAGGUGAAGGAAUAUACAGGAGGUUGUUGUGCCCAUUUUUUUUUCUCCUAGGAAAAUCUGUUGCUACAAGAACUGGGCCUGAGUAGAAGAGUUAAGCAACAAACAUUGUAACGAUGAACAGUGUCAUUCUCAGGUACUAAUAUGGACAUUCUGUGUCAGUGUACAGGUGCAUACACUGUGUUUAUACUGGUCUAGUGUAAACUGGGUACAACUUUGUGUUGCCUCUUCCAUGUGAGAUGUAAGCCGUGUAUGGCUGUGCUGACAAAUACAGUUCUGAGGCUAUCAAAUGUAUAUAAUUAAUGUUUGUUUGGGCUUGUGACCUGACUCCUAAGAGCUGUUUCUAACACAGCUUUAGGUCAUCAAUGAACAAAAUAGGAAUUUGAGCAAAAUUUUUUGUGCAAACCCUUUUAAAUACCCACUUUAACCUGAGUAAUUGGGAAAGGGACGGAUCUUUUACAGGUUGAGCCUGAGCACCCUACUCAUACUGCAGCUUCACGUGCUGAGUGAAGCAUGGAACAUCUCUAUUACCUUCCCUCUCUGCCCAAAGAUAGCACAAGUGACAAAAAAAAGGGGGUCAUUGUUUCCUGUAGAGGACACUACAUGGCCUCUUACGUAAGGUGAGAAUAGUUUUAUGAUGUUCUAACACACGUUUCUGCCAGUCGUCCUUGGUUUCUUUUUGUCAAUAUCAGCUAAGGAAUCUCAAAUCCGAGAAGACCUCCCACCUUGGAUAUAAGUAGACAUUGCAUAUUGCUGUGCUUAUAAAUGAAAGAAGGAAGUCUAGGAUACAUUUGUAAAUGCCUGAAUUUAAGAUCAAUUUAGUGUGCGCCCUGGGUCUUUGAGGCAUGUGUUGACAGGAUUGAAAUGAGCUUCAUUUCACAUUUAUUAUCCUCCUUCACCUGAGAAUGAACGGGGUCUGGAAUCAGCUUCUUUCCACUGGCCAACCUAGUAAGAUGGUUUCACUUUGAAAAGAAGGGGGGAGGGCAGAGUUUUGCAGAAAAUGGGCACAAAACCUGAGAAGGCAGCUGGGUCCAGCAGCGUUUGGUCAGCAGUCUCUGUGCUGCCUCUAGUGUCUGUAUUAUACUUCUGUAUUUAGCCUCCAAGACUAUGAGCCUUUCCUGGCAUUUUUUUUUUUUUUAAGCUCUUUUCCUGAAACUGUAUGAAUGGCUGUGGCACCAUUAAUGCUGCUAUCUUUACUCUCAUCACAAAGGCAGGUGUGUAGCUUAAGGCCACCAUUGGUGAAGAAUCCAAGUGUCCUCUGUGCCUUUUUUCUUUCUGUGAAGUAACUUAAGGAUAUCCAAAAAUGAGCCUUGAAAAAAUUCCCACCUUGGUACAAUGUAUAUACGCACUCGGAAAAGCUGCUGAGGUGUUCCAUCUGAAACUCGGAAGCAGUGCUGAAUCUGUGAGUGAGACUUCCUGACAUGCCCAGUGUGUUGGCUUUGCAGGAGGACAAUAGGAUAAAGGAAGAUUCCUGAGCCAGCUCUGGUAUUGCUCAUAACUUACCAAGAGGCUAAUACUAAACUUGGAAAAGUAUUGAAGUAGGUUUUAUCGAUCUGAGUUUUGUUUUUGUUUUCUUAAGUACAGUUGUUAAGGGAUGUGUGAAAACUGAAGGAAGCUUUAAAGGGUUUCAAAGGUGCAGGUGAAGGUGCCAGUUGCUGUUUGGUGUCACACUCUUAGAAAGGCUUCAUUACUUUAUUUGAUGCUGGUUGCUAAGCAGCCAUUGCACAGAGCAUAAGCCUGCUGGGUGCCUUGACAAGCCAGAGGCUGAUGCUGCACGGCGGUUGUCAUGUGAGGAAAUAAUGUACAUGUGCUAAUCGCUAAACAGGAAAAGAACCUAGAAACCAAGAAAAGGAAGAUCAAAACAACGAAGAGGUUGAUUGAAAUAAAACUUGAUCAACAUAAAUGUAUUUUGAAACAUUCCAGGAAGGUUACUUGUCAAACUUGCCUGGGGGUGUUUGUUCAAAACUUGUAUUUAAUAAAAGAACCACCUGACUUACAA